AGAGUUCUACGCCCUCCACUGCUUGGUGAGCCGUUUGGAGUAGUCGAAUGACGUUACAUCAGGCAGGCCAGAUGAGUAGCUCAGUGUUCUUUCUGAUGAUGAAAUGUGCUCCCCUCGAAGGAUCGUAUCUGCUCGAGCAGGAUCAAGAACAGACAUAGUCGAGCUUCGACAGCGAACGGUCGUGCGUCAAUAACAAAUAUUUGUAAGCUGUUAUCUUUUUGUGCGGACAUGAGCACGCUGAAGAGCGUCAUCAUCACGUUGCCGUCCACCAAGGGUUUGGCCAAGACCAACGGCAACAACUCUACCGGUGCUAAUCCCGUGGAGCAAUUGUCCAAGUCAGUUCCCAAGCUCAACUUCACCACUUCUAUCCUGAUGGAUAAAAUCAAGAUGGAGCAGCCGACUGCCAAACUCCAGUCUGUUAAACACCUGGAACUCGGACAGAUGCCCCACGUCGACAGUCUGCCUAUUGUCUUUAAGCAGGAAGCAGACGCAGACGCAGACUCGCCGAUGCGGGGCAAAAAACGCAGACUCGAUCAUCUUACUUGGGAGGAAAAAUUACAGAGAAAAAAAUUAAAAAACAGAGUAGCAGCACAAACAUCUCGCGACAGGAAAAAAGCUAAACUCGACGAAUUGGAAGAAACAGUAAGGAUUUUAAAAGAGAAAAACGAAAGGCUGAUGAAAGAAUGCGCAACGUUGAGAACAUGCAACGAGUCGCUCGUCUUAGAAACACAGAGGCUAAAGCAGGACAACGAGCUAUUAGAGGCGAAGAGUAAGUCAUUGGAGAAGCAGCAGCAGAACGAGAUAUGCAAAAUGUGUCAAACUCGUGUCAACUGUACUGUGCCAGCGCUGGGAUCAGCAGUAUCCCCCUUAGACUCUGCAGCAGGGUGGCAAAGUACAGACGGCACGUCCUCUGACCAACAAUCCAAGCACCUCAAUACUACUGAAGAUCCUGACUCUUUACCUCCUCUCGAAGACCUAUUUGGCGAAUUCCAAGGAGAUGAUUACAUGGAGCGACUUGAAGAACUCGCCGAAAGCCUUUUGCGAGAGGUUACCACACAAGUGGAAACAGAUACUACUCAGUCAAAUGAGCAGGUUACCGUCAAAGAAACGAAUAACGAAGAACUUAACAUUGGAGAAAAAGUGGUGGGGAAGACACCAAGUUAUGUGGAAGCCAAUGCAGCCGAUGGAAGCAUAAUAGCCGUCGAGCAACAACUUCCACAGAAAAUGGACCUUGACAUUCUCGAAGAACCGAUCGCAAUCCCCGUGAUACCAACUAUGACGAUUAACACAUCCGGUCCGAUCACCAUUACUGAAAAUAUGGAGAUCAAGGAGGAACCCAUACACGAUGCCGAAAUGGUUUACGGCACUUACGACGAGGCUACUAACUGCAUCACUAUCAUUUAUCCCGAAGAAGAUGAAGCGACUACGCAACAACUGAUGCUGCCAAAACAUCAGUUGUCGCCGUCGCCGUCACCGUCGCUGUCGCAUUCCUACGUCGACUCUUUGUCACCGGCGAGUAUUCACUCGGAGGACACCGAAAUCAGCGGAGUGCCAUCCAGUAAAUUCGAGAGUGUGCAGUCAGACUGCGGUUAUGAAUCUCAUGGCUCACCUGACAACUCGGUAGGAGAUGCCAAUAACGUCUUCAGUGACCUUUGGCAUGAAAGUUUUUCCGAGCUCUUCCCAAGUCUGGCUUGAUGCGUUCAAUACACCCACGCUCGAGAAUCGAUGGAUUCAUUUCCGGCUGUGAUGUAAAUCUAUAUAUACGUUUAGGUUUAUUAAUUUCUACUGAUUUAUUAUUUUAUGUCUGGACCAAUAGUUAUUAAUUAGAACUUUGCGAGAUUAAUAUGCGUAUCAAAAAGUAACAUUUUUUUUAACUUGAGCGUUAAAGAAAUUUCAUAUAUUGUAUCAAGAUUUUCAGUUUGUUAGUCCUGCAUAUAAACAUAUUUUUAUACUUGACAUUUUAAUUUAAGUAUUUUUCUCCCAUUGAUAACGUUAAAUAAGUAAGUUAGCAGCCUCAUGGUAACAUAAGUUAGAUUUUAGAUCUGUGUAAAUAUUUAGAUAAGACAUUUGUGUAUGGGAUUACUUCGACAACUUUUAUGUAUAUAAUAUUUAUUAUAAAAUCAGAAAUUUAUCAGCUGACAAUGUUUAAACUAA